AAAAAUAUUAAUAAUAUUAAAUAAAAUUACAAACGUUUAGCGAAUAUAAAUAAUUUAAUUACUGCUUACCGUAUUCUCGUCAUAUUAUUGUUCCUUAUUUACCCGAUUGAAGUAUCCUAUUCGAGUGUUCAAACAUUUUAUUUGCAAGCUAAGAAAAUGCUAAAAAUAUAUUAAGACACUCCCGCCGCUAAACUUCCAAAAUGUAUUGUACCUAAUCUAUAAUUUUUUACGUUAAACCUCAAAUGUAACUGCGGUGACUGUAGCUACUUCAUCACAGCCGGCAAGAUGCUUUUUUGUCUAAUACCUAGCCAUAUUUUUGGCAAACAGUCACACAACAUGCCUUCGUUGGACGGUAAAACUAACCAGUAUAGACCGUGAAGCGGAGCAUACGAUUUCGCUGUUUGCGUAAUAUGGGCUGUGGUCCUAGUCAUUUCGGAAUCUCAUAUUCCAGAAAGACCAAAAAGAAAAAAAACAAGCACAAAGAAUCCGAUGAUGAAAAAAGUGAGGGCAGUGCUUAUGAAAAUCAUGUUGAAGAACAAAUACAGCUGACAAGUACACCAUCUGUAAACAAUUUAUGUGACAUGUCUGAAAUGGAUGAUUCAAGUCCACUACACCAACGUGUGUCAUGUCCACAGUCUUCCACUUCGUUAUUUGUCAAUCCACAAUUAUCUUCUAGUCAACUCAAUUUCUUUAGAAUGUUAGAUGAAAAAAUAGAAAUGGGCGCAGAUUAUACGCAAACUAUUGAAGAACAACGUUUGGAAAAAAUUCAUCGUACACAUGCAUUAUUAAUGGAAUGGGAACGAGCACGAAUACGCAAUUCUCCAAAACCUUGCUCAAACUCUAGAUCCCGUUUUAUACGCAAUCCACGACAACCACAAUUUCGAGUUUCCCAUUCAGUUGUUCAAUUUGACCAAGAACAAGGUGCUUUCCAUACUGAACUCAUAUGAAGUACAAAAUGUAUUAUUUAUUUUAACAUAUUAAUUGGCAUUUUCAUAAUAUUUUACAUUUAUCGGUAAAAUAUUGUAGUCACAUUUUGUUGAAUGUUAUUAAUUUAUUACAGUAUUAUAUAAUGAUGGUUAAAAUAAUUUAGAGUAAUAUACAUUUUGUGAAAUAAUUAUUUACAGUAUGAAAUAGAACUUUGACAUCGAUGAAAAUCUAUCAAAAACUGUUUUAUUAUAUCAUAAGUAUUGGUCAGAGUUCUUUAUGUUUUAACAUAAUUAAAACAAUUAUUUUAACUAAAUUUGUUCUGAUGAUAAUGCUUGAUAUUUUCAGACUGAUCAUCAUUUAUUGUUCUUUAUUUUAUAUUGAAUCUCUUUAUAAUAAUAUUUUAAUAUUUAAAAUAUUUUUUCGUGUUAUUGAUGUUAAAUGUCUAUUAUUUUGAAAAAACUGCAGCUAAUAUUUUACCCACAAGACUUGAAAUGUGCUAUAAUUUAAAUACUUUUUAUAAUUAUAACCUAGUUUAGUACUGUUUUCCUGUAGUCUGUUUACCAAAGCCUAAUUAUUAAAUUAAUUAAGUAUAUAUUUUUAAUCAUUUAAGUAAUAUUAGCGAAUUGGUGCGUGCAAUAUAACAUCUGACAUAAAUUCUAUAAGAUUGUGUAUUAGUCAUUAGAAUAUAGCUGAACAAAUAACACUUGUUAUUCGAUAACUUUUUAAUACUGAAUAUACUAUUCCUAAAAUUUUAUUUUUAAUCCAUUUAUUUUGUUGGUCAGUAUUGUUAGAAAACUAAGCUAGAAAAGACAUAAAUCAUUAAAAUUUAAAAAAUCCUACAUGUAAAUUGUAAAGUACAAUCACAGGUAGGCUUAUUAAAAAAUGUUCUAGUCAUUAAAUAUUAAUAUAUGAAUUCUGUAAGGUAUUGUUGUAUUGUUUACUAUUGUUACUCAUUACCUAUUUAAUAUUAGCAUUUAACUAUACACUAUAAGUGUAAGUUGUUUUGUUUAGUACAUAGAAAUAUUUACUCAUAAUCUAAACUAUAUACUAUGUUGAUUUCACUUCUUAAAAAUUAAAUAUUUAAAAGGAGCUAGUUCUGAUUAUUUAUACGUUUAUAAUUUUUGCUUGGAAAUUUGUCAUUUAAUUAUUAACCAUUGUGAAUGAUAUUUACGUUUUUUUUUUUAUUUGUGAGUUUGUUAUUUAUAUUAAUUUAUUAUAAUGUUGUGUUUUCAUAAAUGUAACUAAUCUCAACUAUAAGAUUUAAUGCUAAAUUCAAUUCAUACCAAUAUUUAUUUUGAAAGUACAUUUUGGGCCAUCAUUUCAUGAUAAUUUUUCUAUAGUUGGAUUGAAUUUAUCAUAGCUACUUAAAUUACAUGUUCAAUAAUUGAAUCUCAAUCGCUUUAGUUUGAAUUAUGAAAGUAAAAUUGCAGCAUUUGUGUUUAUUUGUGCUAUAUUUACAUUUUUUAUUUAUAUUGUGUCAUAAUGAUAAAAUUAUCCAUGCCCGUGGCAAGCUAUGCGUUAAGGUAUUACACUAAAUUAUUAUAAGAUAAAAUUACAAUUAUUGAACUUAUUACAUAUUUUUAUUAUUGUAUAUUAAAAUAAAACAAAGGCUGUGAGUCGGAGUAAUUUCAAAGUUUUCCUUAUAUUUAACAUGUAUUUAUUAAUAUAUGACUGAUUUUUUUUUCCUUUAAUUUACCUAGAUUAAAUUAGUAUUUUGUAAAUAAUAAUUUACCCUCUCAAAAAAUUAAAAUGUUUGUGGUUUUGCGUUUAAAAUAAAUUUUGUUUGGAUUUGC